ACCCAGCAGCGCAGACUUGACAAAAUAAUAUAUAUAUAUAUUUAUUUAUAUAUAUAAAAACAUAUAUUUUUUUAAAAAAUAACUAUGAAGACUUUUAUUGUUUUGGUCGCUCUUGCCGCUGUAGCAUCAGCAAAACCCGGGUACUUGUACGGAUACCAUGGUCCGGCAGCACCUUUGGCUCACGAUGGCCGUGUUGUUGACACCCCGGAAGUAGCCCACGCAAAAGCAGCUCAUUUGGCAACUCACGCACACGAAGCAGCACGCAAUGGCUAUGGAUACGGUGGAUAUGCUGGACACUCUGGAUACGCUUAUGCACCAGCGGUCGCUCACUCUUCCUACCCACAUGUCAGUCAUAUUUACGUACCAACAAUCGCUCAUCAUGGACCUCCAGCUCCACUAGGUCAUGACGGUCGUGUAAUUGAUACUCCUGAGGUUGCUCAUGCUAAGGCUGCUCACCUCGCUGCUCAUGCUCAUGAAGCUGCUAAAACUGGAUACGGACAUGGAUAUGGACAUGGGCACGCAUACGGUGCUCUAGCUUACUCUUACUCACCUGCCUACGCUUACGGUUACGGAUACGGUGCCGCCCCACUCGGACCCGACGGUAACGUCAUUGACACUCCGGAAGUAGCUCACGCAAAAGCUGCCCACUUCGCGGAAGUCGCUAAAGCCGCUGCUGAAUCCCAUGGCCAUUAUUAUUAAUUGAUGCCUUUUUUUACUGUUGUCGAAUUU